CAGAAUUCUAAGUAAAAUCAAUAACAUAUUUGUUUGUGACCUAGCUAGUAAUCAAUUCUUCCUUUCUCAAAUAUUCAGCUUAAAUUCCUGUAGAUCAAAAACUGAAAAAAGUAGAAAAAAUUUUGUUAGUAUUAAAUUUGAAUUCCAGACCGCCGAGGAUGCCGAUCAGUCAACAGGAUUUCACCAAAAGCCGCACGAGCAAUACGUACUUCAGCUAUGUUGAUCAGCAACUGGGCAGCAAGUUCCACAGCGGAGGAUCGUCCCUGGAGGAGCCAAGCUGCGAUCACUGGCAGUUCUGCGAGAAGGUGCCCAAUCGCUCGGACGUGGAGGCCGACUCCCUGGGCAGUCCCGUGGGUCUGGUCUGCUCCAAUACCCCGGUGAACAAUCCCUGUGGAUCCUCGCCCGAGCAGCAGGAGGCGAAUGUCCUUAAUUUCGCCACCUACCUGAAGGCCUUUGCCUUGAUCUAUGUCCUGCCGGAAGUCGACUGGACGGCCGAGAAGAUCGAUAUGCUGCUGGAGGAGGGCUCCGAGUUGUUUCGGGCCAGCUCCGAAAUGGAUCAGCAGCAGCAGGACAAUCGGGAGGGUAGUAAGCUGUUCCAGCCGGAGAUCUACACCAACGAGGAGAAGCGGAUCAAGAGGAACUUCAAUCUUGAGGGGCACACCUUUACCCUGGCAUUGGAACCUCGUUAUCUGGGUGGCGGAUCGAGGCCUCUGGAUCAACAGCCCUCGCAUACAAUCCAGAACUUGAGACCCAUUCUGGUUAGUUUCUUCAAGACCAGUCGCUACUGUCUCCUGCUCACCCGAGUUGGCCACCUGCUCGUCUGGCGGCGCAAGAGAGUGUUCUUUGUACUCGAUGUGAAGGGCAGGAGGCGGGAUGAUCUGCAGACGGUCGAGGACAAGGGAGUGGCCAUGCUGGUGUGCCUAAAAACCAUUGACAAUGUGGUCCAUUUGGCCAGCAACUUGAGUGGCACUUCGCCGGCGGAUGAGUUCACCAUUCGGGAACUGGUGGUUGUGCGCCUGGAGACGCCCGAUGGACGCAUCUAUAUGCGCGACACCAGCCACCGAUCCAUCGAAUUCAAGGUGGUGAACAAGAGCUACGCAUAUCUGAAGGGCACGCUGCAUCUCUCGCUGAACGAAAACGAUCCGGUGAGGAACCGCAGCAGCUUGAUGGUGGCCGUUGCCUCAAUCCUGGCCAGCAAAAUCGAUCACCCGGCCAACUGGGACACCAACAUGCUGGACCGUUUGAUCUGCUACGGUGUGGAGCUAUGCCGUAGCUGCUGGUCGGAUUGCCUGAGGGAUCGACGACCCAUCGAUCUGGACACCUUUCCCACCCAACUGCGCAUGGGUCAGUUUGUCCUGGAGCUGAAACUGUUGCCGAUGGUGAGGACGGGUCACUGGAGCUGCGGCGUCCGCAUCCUUCACACCGACUUCGAGGCCCAUGUGUCGCAGGCUCUCAGGGAGUAUGCGAAUGUGGUGUUCCAGAUCAACAACCAGAUGUACGCCAUUUGGGUUAAGGAUGAGUUCUACUACCUGCUCGAUCCCUAUCGCCACACCAUCGUGGGCACCCAUGUGGCCGAGGAUGGGGCGGGCAAGUGGGCCACGGUGCGCAUGUUCCGCGACCAGCUGACCAUGCUCAGCGUGUUCCACCAGCUGCUGAUGGAGUCCAACCGGCAGUCGGCCUACUAUCUGCACGUACUCCGCAUCCGCAAUCUCGCCGAGUGUCCCGAGGGCUACGCCCUGGCUCCGUUGCCCGGGGAUGUGGACAACUGCGAUGUGCAGUCCCUCAACGAACCCAUCUUUUUCAAUGAGCAGCGAGGUGUGCGCGUGUGCGAUCGAUCCCUGGCCGAGAUCAGCGAUGACGAGGAGGAUGUGGUCAGUCGCACGGAGGAUAAAAAUGACAUUGAGAAAUUGCAAAUCCUGGAUGAGCGACAGAAUGCUGGGGCAGAGUGUGAAAUGUGCGAGGAGGAGAUGGAAACCAAUCCCCUCAAGAAACACACUAAGUCUGCGAAAGGAUCAAAAAGUAAGAGGUGUGAAUGUCGCAUUACACUCUGCAAAAAUACUUGUUUCCAAGGCUCCACAAAAUCCAGGACAAGCAUUCUCAAAAAGGAGCAAGUGGAAAGGAAAAAUCCGGUAUCUCCGGUGAUAAAAAAGGAAACAUUUGUGAGAUCCUCUAGGCAAACUGGAGGCGGUGCGAAGUCCCCUGAACGUUCCAGAUCUAGAGAGGGGUUACCAUCUGGCAGGAUCAUUAGAAAACAUACAAAAAUAGCCAGACAAACUGGUGGCAGGUCUUCACCAGAACGUUCUGGGUCUAAAUAUGGACCAUCUACUGGCAGGAUAACCAUUAAGAUCAAGGAAACGGCUGGGAGGUCCUUCAAUCAUAUUCCAACCAAGUCCCCUGUUCUCUCCAAAUUCAGAAGAGGAUCAUCUCCUGGCAGGAGCUCUCCAAAGGAAGCACCCCCAAGAUCAAUGCCCAUUGAAACGAGUGGGAGGUCUACUAGCCCUUCUCCUACUAUCUCCCCUUUUCGUUUCAAAUCUAGGCAAGGAUUAUCACCUCAAAGGAUCAUGAAAAGAAGUAUAAAAAACUCUAGGGAAACUGCGGGCAGGUCAUCCAGCCCCACUCCCCUCAAAUCCCCUGAGCGCUCCAGAUCUAAAGAAGGCUCAUAUGGCAGGACUUUGAAAAAGUUUGUAAAAACCACAUAUACAAAAGGAUCCUCUCCCGACAGGACCACUAUCAAGAGCUCUCCCCAGGAACCCUCUUUUAGGAGACUAGUUUCUAAAGUAGUUAAAGCCAAGGAAAGAACCUUUCCAGAUACAGCCACUAAGUUAGUUGGAGAUGGGGUCAGUAAAAGUUCCAAUCCAAAGCCAAUGACCAGCAAUGGAUCAAACCAUGAAGUUAAGGCCUCCACAUCCGGUGAAGGUGUAGUGCCUCUGAAGGAAGCACCCACUAAAAGUUCAGAACUCAAGGACUCACCAACAAGUAUCUUUGCUCGUACAGAUAUAAUCCAGCAAUCGGGGGAUAUGUCCAAAAGUCUGGGAGUGGCGCCUGUGGCCAGUGCCCACUUGACUACGCCCACUGCCUCGGGAUUCACCCCUGAAUUGGACCAAAUUGAGAACUCUUCUCUGCCCGCAAUGGAAUUUCAGAAUAUUGAGGAAGUAAAUGUGGACCCCGCAGAAGGAGCGGAGAAUCCCACGGAGAAAUGCGAGUCCCGAGUAUCGCCCCUUAGAUUUCCCGGCUUUAAUAGGGUGCCGCAACUCCUGGCCGUCGCUGGGUCCGAAAGUGGCACCGUGGAGAGCCUCAACCGACUGCUCGGCUCCGCCUUCAAGGUGGCCAACCGGGUGCUCACGAUGACGCCGUGGGGCAACUACGUGGUCUUCCGGCAUCAUCCCAUCCACGGGGCGGAUAUGUCGGUGGCCACCUGGUUCUACGUGUUCGAUGGCUGCACCUGCGACAUCGAUCGCUUUCGCCACUUGGAUCUCACCAGCGGCACAGCCGGUUUGAUAGCAUUCCGCAAGCAAUCGGAGGUGGUGUGCCACAUCAUCGAUUCGCGGGAGGAGAAGGCCCUCAAGAACAUGGCCAUGCCGCUGGAGGAUCCGCCACACAAAAGGCUACAAAAGCUGUUGGCUCGUUGACACUCGAAAAGGUCCACCUUACGAAAUUUAUUUUUGCAGAAUCAAAUUUUGAGUUAACUUUAGAGACGUUAACGCUUUUCAGCUUGUGGAUUAAACAAUUAAUUGCCUUAC